CAGGGUGGGGAAAGAAAGGAAGAUUAGGAGCGGAGAAGCAAUCUGCACACACAGGUCCCACUACAGAGGCAGGCGGAGGACGAUUUCAUCCAGGAAGGUGUCCUGUGACCCCACAAGAUGCCAAGUGAAGAGGCCCACUACGUCUAUGGGCACCCGAAUAGAGGGCGUGGCCACUCCUACAUCACGGCUGAAGGGUUCGCAGGGAUUGGCAUCCUGACAGUGAUCCUGGGGAUUUUGCUGCUCCUUGGCUGCUGGUAUUGCAGACGACGAAGUGGAUACAGGAGCCUGAAGGACAAAAGCUUUUAUGCUGGUACCCAAAACACCUUAACAGGAAGAUGUCUGUCCAAGGGAUCUGGUCCACAGGACAGCAAACUACCUUUUCAGGAGAACAACUAUGAACUUGCGGUUCCCAAUGCUCCGCCUGCCUAUGAGAAACUCUCCACACAAGCGGCGCCACCACCUUACUCUCCGUGAGAGCCAGCGAGGCCCCUGAGAGCUGCUGAGACGAUUUCCCUCAUGCUUUGGAUUACAU